AAAUCAAGCUGAAAGAUUAGAAAUCAGAAUCCGAAAUCACACAUUCUAGCCUCAAAAGAGCCUCAAAGUUCAAACUGCUAUGAACAAUAAUUACAGAGAAACACAGUGAUCUCGUUUAUUUAUUAUAUUAUUUAUCUUAUCCCGAUUGAACAUUUUACAGGCUCUGUUAACAAUUGAGAUCAAAUUAUAAUCUUAACCUUCAAAGAUUAAGUUAAAUAUUGAUAUUGACAGUCAAAAAAUUUGAUCUAUUGUAAAAGAAUUUGAGUUCUUGAGUGGCAUUCUUUUAUACAAUAUUUUUUAAACUUUAAUACAUUAGUUAUGGAAGGUGACGGAUUUCCAAAACAACGUCAUAUCCUACACAGCAGCUAUUCUAAUUCUUUGAUGAGAAAAUGGAAUUCGACCAACACCAAUAUUGACUCGACUCAUCUUAUGUAUCCAAUAUUUUUACAAGAAGAUGAUAAUGGUUCAACUGAGAUUAAAAGCAUGCCGGGUGUCAGAAGAUAUGGCAUCAAUAAACUAAUUGAGGAUUUGAAACCCCUUGUGACAAAGGGUCUUAAAUCUGUGCUACUAUUUGGUGUGAUUGACAGUUUACCCAAGGAUCAAACUGGGACUCAUGCAGACUCCCCGGAAAAUCCUGUCAUGCGUGCUGUUCCGCUCUUGAGAAAGGAAUUUCCGGAUUUGGUUAUUGCCUGUGAUGUUUGCCUUUGUCCUUACACUGAUCAUGGUCAUUGCGGGAUACUGGACAAAGUGGGACUCUUAAAAAACAAGGAAAGCAUAAGAAGGAUCGCACAGAUAGCCUUGGCUUAUGCUUCAGCUGGGUGUCACAUAGUAGCGCCAUCAGACAUGAUGGACGGUCGUAUCGGUGCCAUCAAAGAGCUGCUGGUGACGGCCGGCCUGGGGUCUCGCGUGGCGGUGCUCUCCUACGCGGCCAAGUUCUCGUCCAGCUUCUACGGGCCGUUCAGAGACGCGGCCAAGUCGGCGCCUGCCUUUGGGGACCGCAAGGCCUACCAGCUGCCUCCAGCCAGUGCCGGCCUGGCUGCAAGAGCUGCCGCUCGUGAUGUGGAAGAGGGCUGUGAUAUGCUAAUGGUGAAACCAGGCUUGGCGUACUUGGACAUCAUUCAUCAGACAAAGCUAGCUCAUCCCGAAUAUCCUCUCUUUGCUUAUCAGGUUUCCGGUGAAUAUGCAAUGCUUUAUCAUGCUGCAAAAGCUGGAUGUCUGGAGUUGAAAUCAGCACUGCGAGAAACAUUAACAUCAUUUAGAAGAGCAGGAGCUGAUUGUAUCAUAUCCUACUACACUCCUCAAGUACUGGAAUGGAUUGAAGCUGGAUCAUGGAAUGAAUAGUACAUGAAACUCAUCUGAUAGAAGUAGUCCGAUUAUUACUAUUGUGAUAUUCAUCUGAACAAUUGUAGGCCUGGUUAGUUCCUCUCAUCAUCAUACACUGGGUUGCACUAAACAAAAUCAAUCCGGGAUUUGUCAAAGUAUGAAGCUGUUUAAAGAUGGCUAUAGUUGGUCCAACCAUCAGAAUAUUUCACAAAAGACAUUGAACAAUUAAAAUCAUCUAACAAUUGUUAGAAAUAUUAUUGAGUAGGACUUAUAAAGCACAUUCUGUAUAGGAGGUCCUGGUUUAUAUGAUUGUCAAAAAUUGGCAUAAGUUCGGAAUCGCAAAAAAACAAAAGAUCUGAUUAUGCUGUCUAGGCCAGAUAAUAAGGUAUCUUACAGAAAAAGUUGAAUUGAGGUGUACUUCUCAAGUUCUAAUUGAUAUGUGAUGUAACAAUGAUCACUAUUGUUGGCUCUUUCACUGCCUCAAGUUUUUUCUUGUUUUCGUGUUGGGAGGUUUAUAAUAUUUAUACUCAUUUGAUGAAUACAUUUUUGAAUGAAUUUGUUGAUCAUGUCAUGCUCAAUAGGUAUAUAACUUUUAUUGAAAAUAAACUUGUAUUUUAUAACUUGUUAUUGUUUAGAUAAAUUUACAAUACUUCAUUUUAUUUUUUUAAAUAAUUUUGGUAUGGUGUUUUUCCUCUGUUAUUAAAAUGUUUAUAAAUCUUGAAUAAAAACAUGAAUUUUGUGGUUCCUCAAAAAUUCCCCCACCAAAAAAACU